AUGGAACAUUCCAACCAAUCACCCCAGGCCAGGCCAUCUGGCGAAGUGCCCAGCAUCUUGAACCCGAAGUUUCCAAAUUCGAAUGCAAUAUUUCAUUUCUUUCCUAGACUUCCUACGGAGCUGCGACUUAUGAUUUGGGAGCGAAUCCUGACGCGCGAGCGAUACAUCAAAGUUGAACUUUGCACCAUGAACAAGAGGACUGGCAAAAUGCAUCGCGCUGGAAUACCUUUUAAAUCCUGGCGACUCACAGAGCCAUAUGGAAUUCUCUUACAUCAUCCACCAAAGCAUAGCGCCUUGUUCGGUGCGAGCGUCGAAUCUCGUGCGAGCGCCCAACGAUUUUAUCGCGUGGCCCUUCCUUGUCUCUACGUCACGAAGUCUCCCUCGGCCAUAGACUCACUUGAAACAAGUGAUCAGAACACCGAGCAUAAUCCACAAGGAAUGGCCUUCGUCCACGCUCGGCCAUACGGUGCCAAAAUACCGAAAAGAGAUCGAGUUCUCGUACCAGGGACAUUUGUCCUUAAUCCUGAGCUGGACACCUUGGAGAUUGAUGGCGUGUCCCUGUUUGCGAACUUUGCGAAUGAUGUUUGGGAUCAUGACCCCCGUAAAGUAGGGUUACGUCACGUAGCCUUCUUACAUCAAUACUCGUUUUCCAAGUUUCGUAAACUUCCUCGUUAUGCCCCUUCAGAAGAACAGCUGCGGCAAGUCAUGGCUCGGCUUCAAAGUGUCACAUUUAUGCACUAUGCUGAUGUCGCCAGAAUAUUCCCCAAACCUCCCGUUAGAAACCAGGGCCUAUUGAACUAUUGCUGUUCGCUUCCUGUUGCAGGGCCUACUAGUGACUUCUCACGUCAGCAGGAUCCACGAAUCAUCCGGCACGAGGUUAUUGACAAUAUUUAUUUCGACGUUUCCAGCCGGUCAGCUCUCCAACAGCAAUACAAAGAGUGGGUGGAGUUGGUAGAGAAAUUGGGAGUGACAACGCCAUGUGUCUGCAAAUUUGCUUACACAACACACCAAAGCAAACUGCCGAUCAGCGAUGAGUCUGGCACUGUUACGCAUACGAAGUGUCAAAGCGAAGGACGGGAACUGCGACUUCGCGAGCGGAGAGAUCGCUACCAAUUACAUGCAUGGGUGCAUCUCCAGAAGGCCGCAGGGCAUCUCAAUGGAGCAGUUGAAACCGCGAUAGGAUUUUGGGCAUUCCCUGCCGAGGCUGUUGUUCAAUUCAGCCGAUCCCAAAACCUCACCGACCGUCAACUUGGGUGCUUUUAUGACCUUUCUGCUGCCCAACCCGAGCUGUGCCUGUUCGACCUCUAG